AGUGCUUUUGGCUAUUUUCAAAGUCAUAGCCCAUAGCCAACUUGCAGUUUGCUUUGUACACCAAUAUAAAUAAAUGGCUCAACAACACAACACACGCAGCAAAAUUUCAAAACCAAUUUUUCCAGCCACAGUUCCAAAAUUCCAUCUUUUUUUUCAUUUGAUGUGUAUUAUUAUUGUUACUACGAAGGUGGCGAAUUCUUCAAGAGAUAAUACAAAUAUUAGAGAGCAUAAGGAAUGGCCUUAUUCUUCUUCUUCUAAUAUCUUGUCUGGUUUUAACAGAGAAGCAGAGACCUCUGUUAUCGUCUCGGCCCUCACCCAUGUCGUCGCCGGUGAUGCCCCCCACCGCGUCGGGGGCGCUCCGUCGUCGUAUUCGAACAAGAGAGGGCGUGAUGAAGAUGAGGAAGACGAUGUAAUUACAAGGCCUAUUUCUGGCGCUGCUUCUUCUUAUUCUCCACAUGCUUUCACAGAGAGUGGGAGAAAUGCGGCGGCCGGCGGCGAGACCAGCACGGCGGUGGUUUACGAGUACGACAGAGAAACAAGCCGGAAUAAUGAUGAGGGGAUGGCGGCGAUGAGGAGAUACAGAGGAGUGAGGCAGCGGCCGUGGGGAAAAUGGGCGGCGGAGAUUAGGGACCCAUUUAAGGCCGUCAGAGUUUGGCUCGGCACUUUCGACACGCCGGAAUCCGCCGCCCGAGCCUACGACCAAGCCGCCCUCCGAUUCCGAGGCAACAAGGCCAAACUCAACUUCCCCGAAAACGUCCGCCUCCGAACCUCACCCCCGGCCACAGCCACCGCCACCGCCCCCUACGACGUCGUUUCCCCCCACGCCAAUCUCAUCUCCUUCUCCGACGUCGUUUCGCCAAAUCCCACGUCGUCAUCCUCCUCCGCUUUCUACGGCGGCGGCGGAGCCGGAGAUUUGGGAUUUUCGGUGCCGAGAUGGCCGGAAAUUAAUGAUUACAGCUCACCAGAAUAGGUUCAAUGUUUUCAUUUUUUUUUUCGGAUUUUGUUUUCACAUUCUGAUUAAGAAAAAAUAGCAACAAAUUGAUUGAGCUAU